AUGCUCACUAACGAUCUCUCCAUGGAUUUGCAGGUCAUCGCCGAAACCUGGUUGGACACAUUUGCACGCGCGACUCUCAGCGGCGACGUCCUCGCUACCGUGCAAACCUUUCUCCCUGAUGGCUAUCUCCGCGAUCAGCUUGUUCUCACCUGGGAUUUGCGCUCACUUGAGGGACACGAUAAGAUCAAAGAAUAUCUUGUGCCAAGGCUCACCGCAGCUCAUUUAUCUCACUUCAGGCCUGACACAAGGGCUGGGUACUGUGCUGAGCGGAGCACCAAGGGCGGGGUAGGAGCGGCGUUCACAUUCGAGACGCCCCACUGUUACGGCCGUGGCUACGUCCGGUUGUUGCAAGAUACGUCUUCUGGCCAGUGGAAGGCGCUGUCUGUAUUUCUAGGCGUCGCAGACAUCAAGGGAUAUGAAGAACUCGGACGCGAACCUGGCCAUUAUGGUGGGCAUACAUUGUCUUGGACAGACAUAUUCGCGGAGCGCCGGCGACAGAUUGAAAGAGAUCCAUACGUAAUCGUCAUUGGCGCAGGGCACAAUGGCCUCAAUACUGCUGCCCGCCUGAAGCACUGGAACAUACCUACGCUCGUCAUCGAGAAGAAUGACAAGGUCGGAGACCAAUGGCGGGAGCGGUACCCAACUCUGUCAUUACACUCGAUACGUCAUUUCUCCCACUUCUCCUACCAGCAAUAUCCAGACACCUGGCCUGAGUUCGCACCACGUGACAAGAUGGCCGAUUGGCAAGAACAAUAUGUCAAAACGCAGGAUCUGGUCGUCUGGACGCGCUCCACCAUCCUCCCUGGUGCGCACUACGAUACUAUUCGAAAGCGGUGGACCCUUGUCGUCGAUCAUGCUGGCACGCGUGUUGAGCUGCAUCCCGCGCAUGUCGUCAGCGCUGUUGGGAGCAUGGGCCCGCCCCGCAUGCCGCAUGUACCCGAGCGUGCAUGUUUUGAUGGUGUUGUGAUACAUUCUGGAGCUUACCCUGGUGGUGCGCCUUACGUGGGCAAGCACGUCGUUGUUGUCGGUGCGUGCCAGUCAGCCGCAGACAUUUGCCAGGAUCUCGCGUUCCGCGGUGCUGCGUCGGUGACAAUGGUGCAGCGCUCGUCAACUUGUGUCGUAGAUAUCAGCACGGGAGCAGGCGGCGAGCAUGUGCUCUUCCCAGACGAUGUGCCGAUCGACGUAUGUGACCUGAAAUUUCAGUCACUGCCUAUCAACCUGAACCGGCGGCUCACCUUGGAGGAGGCAGACUUGGAGUGGGAGAGAGAGAAGGAGCUCCACGCAAAGUUGAGGAGGGGCGGGCUUAAACUGAAUAUGGGCAAGGACGGAUCUGGACAUGUCUUCCUGAUUUACGAACGACUCGGCGGGUGGGACUUCGGCCUUGCGGAUUACAUUGCCUCUGGACGCGUCAAGGUCAAACAGGGUGUAGAAGUGAAGCAAUUCACAGCCGACGGCGUGAUGUUCAAUGACUCCUCCUCGCUCCCUGCCGAUGUCGUUAUUUUCGCAACGGGUUGGCUAGGCAACCGCGAGAGUUUGAAGGAAAUAUUCGGCACUGAGAUCGUCGAUAGCACGGGAGUUCCUUGGGGCCUCGACGAUGAAGGAGAAAUUUCGAAUACUUACCGUCCGACAGGGCAUCCAGGUCUUUGGUAUGCUGUCGGGGACUUUGGAACAGCGCGGUUCCUGUCAAAACUAUUGGCUCUUCAGAUCAAGGCGACGCAGAUUGGGAUCCUGAGGACAGCGGAACGCACGUUGUGA